AUGUGGGAGGCCGACUCGUCCUGGUAUGGGGCGCCUCUCCUGGACCGUCGCGCGCCCGAUGCCACCCAACCCUACCACUGCCCCUCGUACAAGCUGCCCAAAUUCGGUACCAUUGAAAUCUCGCCCGGCAACACUAUCUACCUCGACGAGAACGCCGUCUUCCGCCCGCUAUGCACCAACGUAGCCACCUCCCAGGACGAUGGCACAGGCGGAAUUACCAGUGUAGCCGACAUGCGCGACCCCUUCCACGCUUCCAUCACACCCCAGGCCUACGCGACAGGCGCCGCGACCGUCAUCGCCUGGAUGCUCGUCAUCAUGCUCAUCAUCACACCUCGCACCUUCUUCGUCGGCAACGCUUCGGGACGCUCAGGGCUCAUGGGACGGCGCGGAAUGAUUAGCGGGGCAACAGGAGGUGGAUCUAUCAUAGGAGUCGGAAGCCGCCCAUGGUUGCAAAAGGCCGCAGCCCUGACCGUCGCCAUUUCUCUGACACUCGCCACUGCCGACACUUUCAAGAUCGCCGAACGCCAGUACGAGGAGGGCUUCAUCGACGCCAUGGAACUGCGGGAUCAGGUCGUAGCCGGCAUGGAAAUCAAGGUUUCGCGUGUCGUGUCCGACAUAUUUCUCUGGCUCGCGCAGGUACAGACUCUGAUCCGCCUAUUUCCACGCCACAAAGAGAAGGUCAUUAUCAAAUGGGUCGGAUUCGCCCUCAUCCUGCUCGACAUCGCAUUUAGCUGUCUCAACAGCUUUGGUCCGUACGAAAACCAACGCCGCCCCGCACAUUUCGAUACCGCCAUUCCUGCCCUCAGCUACCUGUUUCAGUUAUCACUAAGCAUGCUCUAUGCCGCCUGGGUUAUGUACUACGCCAUCACCAAGCGACGAUAUGCUUUCUACCACUCUAUGAUGUGGAACAUGAGUGUCAUCUCCCUCCUGUCCAUCAUCGCUAUCCUUACGCCGGUUGUCUUCUUCAUUACCGACAUCGCAAACUACACUAUUGCUGGCUGGGGAGACUACUUCCGCUGGGUUGGAGCGGCGGCUGCUAGCGUAAUUGUUUGGGAGUGGGUGGAGCGCAUUGAAGCGCUGGAAAGAGAAGAGAGAAAGGACGGAAUUCUAGGAAGAGAAAUUUACGAUGGAGACGAUAUGCUCGACAACAGCCCAUCGGACUCCAAAUGGCCCUCAAAACGGAAGGGCCAGCCAUCAGAAAAAGAUGAGAAGAAGAGCGGGGGAGGUCAAGGCGGAUUCAGCGUUUUCGCAUCUGCACACGCUGGUCGGUUCAAUGAGUUUGCCCAGAAGCUUGGACGGAACAUGACCCAAACGCCACGAACGGAAGCACGAAAGAAGCGCACUAUCCACAUUCCAGCACCACCUCCAGUCAUGCGACGGUCCCAAUCUACGACACGUGGAGAUCGUAACUCGCGGGCCUAUGUACGAGUGCAGACCCCGCCACCAGUGCCAGUCAUCGCAUCACCAGUGAGCAGGACAGACACAACGAGCGCCGACUCGACUGUAUACACAGUCCGCUAUCACCCAAUCAGCGACACACCAGUGAACCCACGCCCUGCACCGGCAGACGGUAGACCUGGGAAUCAUGAAGCACAGCCACAAACACAAGCCUCGUCGCAAGAACCUCAAGCAGCUGAUCCCGAGGACCCGGAGAAGGGAGGCGAACUAGAGCCAGUCACUAGCAGGAGCAAAUUCCAGUGGCAAGCAUUGGGAAACCCAUUCAGGCGGAAAGGACGGACACCCCCGAAAGAGCUCCAGAGAGGUCAGGUCAUCGAGCCACUUGCAGUGGACGAUGUAGCGGCGAACAUACCCCGUCGCAAUUACAACGGGCUAGCUCUAGCCGAUCGACUCGGCACCUUUGCUGCACAGCAAGGUGAAAAGCUAAGGUCAAAGAAGAAGUCUGGGUCACAGAACGAAACGGUUCUGCCUGUCACCAUCAUCCCUGCUCAGCCUCGUGGCCAAACUUGGUCUCCAGACAUUAUUCGUCAGCAACAAGAGGAGGCUCAACAAGAGGAGGCCACGCAGGCUACGGGUGUGCCGGCUGCGAGCGAGCAAGAUCGGGUGAACUCACCAACGACUUCUCAUGGAGUGACGGAUUCAAGCGAGGUUGUCAACCUUUCCGCUACGCCAAACUCAACACGCACGCCUCGCAUUCGAUUCUCGCCUGCCGCUCCACUUGGAGGAAGUGUUCUCGGUGGAGAGACGGUGCGCCCAUCGGCACCAAGUACACCACUGGCACAGGAUGAAUCGACGUCAACGAUUGACUUUAGCAGGCCCGGACAGCACAGCCGGACAGACCACGACAGGUAG